AUGGCUGCUGUACCAGUAGACGACAAUUGCAUCAACUUUGUAGAAAUGAAAUUUAUUGACAAUACACUUUACUUUAUACCUGAAAAUGAUGAAAACCUGGAAUCAGAUCACUUCAGCAAGCUUGAACCAACUAAAUUUGCAAUCAUGCGAAAUUUGAACAACCAAGUUCUCUUCAUUGACCAGAAAAAUAGACCUGUGUUUGAGGAUAUGCCUGAUUCUGACUGUAUAGAUAAUGCACCCCAGACUAUAUUUAUAAUAAAAAUGUAUAAAGAUAGCCAACCUAGAGCUCUGGCAGUAACUAUCUCUGUGAAGUGCAUGAAAAGAAUUUUCACUCUCUCCUGUAACAACAAAACUAUUAACUUUAAGGAAAUCAGUCCUCCUGAAGUUAUCAAUGAUACAAAAAGUGACAUCAUAUUCUUUAUGAAAAGUGUUCAAGGACAGGAUGAGAAGAAAAUGUUUGAAUCUUCAUUGUACCAAGGAUACUUUCUUGCUUCUGAAAAAGAUGCAGAUUUUUACAAACUUAUUUUGAAAGAGAAACAAAUUGCGGAUACAUCUAUAAUGUUCACCAUGAACCUCCAAGAACUAGGUAUUAAAGAUUUAUAG